UUUCGAAACGUCUCAAAUUCAUUUUUUCUUUUCAGUUCGUUUCACGGGGCCUGGCCGGAGAUGUCGCAUCACAGCGAGGAGAACUUGCUGACGGCGUCGGGCGGGUCUUUUUGGGAGCCUGGCAUUUACAAGAGGACAACGAAACGCAUCGAGGAUGGCAACCGAUUGUGCACGGAUCUGGUUCAGCUCGUGAUGGACCGGGCCGAGAUCGAGAAGAAUUACGCCAAGAAUCUCAAAGCGUGGUCAAAGAAAUGGAACGAGCUCAUCGAGAAAGGGCCUGAAUACGGGACGACAGAAGCCGCCUGGAAAGGAGUCCUUGUGGAAUCGGAUCGCCUUUCGGACUUGCAUACUAAAAUCAAGGACCAUCUGUCGGAGGAUGUCCCCACUCAGAUCAAAAGCUGGCAAAAGGACGCCUACCACAAGUCGAUGAUGGUGCUGAAAGAGAAGAAAGAAAUGGACGACUGUUUCAAGAAAGCCCAAAAACCUUGGGUCAAGAUCCUGAACAAAGUCGACAAGGCCAAAUUGGACUACCAUAACGCUUGCAAAGCUGAGCGAUCAGCCUCCAAUCAGGAGAGGAACGCUACCGGAGACAACGCCGUUUCGCCUGAACAGGUCCGCAAACUGCAGGAGCGCGUUCAACGAGCCAAAGAGGAGGUGCAACGAACCAAGGAGAAGUACGAGGCCGCCUUGCAGGAGAUAAAUUCAUACAACCCCAAGUACAUGGAGGACAUGCAAGAAGUGUUUGACAAGUGCCAGCAAAUGGAGGCCCAACGACUCACUUUCUUCAAAGAAGUUCUCUUCAAUAUCCACAAAGGAUUGAAUAUCAGUCAGGAUCCAACGUUGCCACAAAUUUACGAAGAGUUGUACCACACAGUCAACAACGCCGACCACGACAAGGACCUCAAGUGGUGGUCGUUUAAUCACGGAGUCAACAUGGGCAUGAACUGGCCGCAAUUUGAGGAUUAUUCUGAAGAAUUCCGCGACAUUGGCGGCGUGAAAGGAAAAGGCAAAGCGCAGCUACCCGAAGGCGCCAUCACUCUCAUCAAUCAGCGUAUCGUCACCGACGACCUCCCCGAGCCCGGAUCGACGCAAACGGGUUUGGAUAAAGGACGUAAAGGGAGCACGAAGAAUGCCGAGAGUCGUUCGAUCGGGGCGGUGGCAUCAACUACGUUGAGUAGCGGCAGCAGCUCGGGCGGCAAAAGUCCCGGCACUGGUGGGGGCAACGGCGGCGGCAACGCUGAUAAGAACAACAGAAGUGCAAGUGGAGGAAGUGCCAACGUCAGCAACGGGACGACGAGCCGACCGGAAGGCAACCCGUUCGAGGAAGAAGAAUGGGACGAAUAUCCAAACGAAGCCCUGGUCGAUAACGGUGAGCCGGGCGUCCCCGUCAAGGCUCUCUACGACUACGAAGGCGCUGAAUUUGACGAAUUGAGCUUCAAAAAGGGUGACGUUUUCGAGAAAUUGGAGGACGAAGACGAACAAGGAUGGUGCAAAGGUCGCAAAGAUGGUCGAGUGGGUCUCUACCCGGCCAACUACGUCGAGACGGUCGAUUGAAUAUGCCCAAUAUAUAAAAACACACACUGUAGAGAGUGGGAUUUCAUCAUCAUCCAUAUGGUCGUCACACACAUAAUUGUUACAUUUGAUCGCUAAUCCUUAUAUAACCAAAUUCCCACACACCACACAGACAAUUUAAAAAUUUAUUUUGUUUUUGUUUAUUUCCGGAAAUUUAAAAAUCCAUCAAUUGGUUUUCAAUUCGUCUUGUGCACUCUCCUCUUUCUGUCUCAGCCUUUCAAGUACCAAAAUUUCAAAAAAAAAAUAUGGCGCGCGUGUGUGUGUGUGUGUGUGCAUCUGGGAGUGUCUUGUGUGUUUGAUGCCAGUCGAGGAUGAAUCAUUCUCGUAGUGCCAGUUGUUGUCUUCUUAUUGGCCCAUCCACCUCCUAACCUAUUAGCAGCCGACAACAUCAUUGAUGAUGUACAUCCUCCUCCUCCUCUUAUUGCUCCUAUACUUUUCUCCUGUCUUGUCUGUCGUAGAGAUAUAGUAUCUAGUGUUACUAUAUCCUUUCUAUUUGGCAGCUGUUGUGUCUCUCACACACACAAUCAUCUUGUCUGGCACUCUCAGUGUUAAAGUUGGGCAUUCCUGACCUUUCUCUCCUCCCCCCAUUUUGUGUGUGUAGUCUCGUCCUGCGUUUCACACACCGACACGCGUAUCACCCAUGUGCCCGUCUUCCUCGUUGAUUAACUUGCAAUAGUCUGACACCUUGUUCGCAGUUAAACGAAAAAAAACAAAAACAAAAAAGAAACAAACAAACAAAAGAGAAAAAGCAAAAUUUUUCAAUUUAGUUGAUAGUUGUUUUUCUUCACUGACACGUUAAGACCCAACUCACACCUUCUUCUCCUGCAUAUAACAAUUUCUUGAUUGUCUUGUGUACUAUUGUAUAAAAGAAACAGCAAAAAAACAAACAAAACAUUUAGGGCUUUGUUAAUGAGAAACAUUCACCUUGUCAUUCCUCCUCCCUUAUUCGACUAAAUAAGGAUCGGUGGGGCGGGGUCUUUAGAACUUUAAAAACCUUCCCCCUUUAUGUGUGUUGAUCAGUUCCGCCUUGUUAUUGUUUCUUUCAUUUCUUUACUCUUUUGGGCUUUCCCUUAAUGCACUUUAAAGGAAUUUCUCUUCUUUUGGUCUGUUGCUCAACAAACACGGUUUAAGGUAGUUACCCUAGCUCCAUUCUUUUGUGUAUGUUCAUUUCGUUUUGUUGAUUUUCUUCAUUUCCUUUUGUGUUUUGGGGCUCAACGAGGAAGUGAAACGCCACAGAGAAAGAGAAAAAAAAAGGUGAGAACAGAAAAAUGUCAAAGGGCAAACAUUUUGAAGGGGGGGGGGAUUUUUGCUUGACAAUUGAUUUUGAUUCCAAAAGAAUCCACAAAUGCUGAAAGUUCAUUUUUGUUUUUUCUUGCAAUUUCAAAAUCUAAUUUUUUUGUUUUGUUGUGUCUCUCCCUCCUCCAGCUCUACAAAAUUCAAACUAUAUAAGUGUGCUUUCAUUUAAUCGUCAUAGAACCGUAAUAAUAAUAACAUGGUCGCGGGAGUCGAUGGAGACACACGCCCUUAAAACGAGAA